UCCUUCAUCAGCGAGGAAGCUCGGCAGAAGCAGCCUACUAGAUAAGAACACGAGAGCUCGGUAUAAAGGGGUCGCGCCGGUGACGCUUUUACUCCACAGACGCUCGAGAUUGUGAGGAGAGUGUGCUCUUCCUCUCAUCGUCGCCGUCGUUGUCAUUGGAAUGUCCGACAGUCCUAACCUCCGGUCGCCGGACUCACCGGACAUGGACUUCAACGACCAGUCCGAUUUCGAGCUCUCGGAGUUCUUAAAGAUCGAUGAGUGGCUAGGUGAUGAUCCAGCUUCCAUGGUCCAUGGGGCGCCGGCUAAUUAUUUUUACCAGAAUGAGGCUGACGAUUCCAUCGGAUCUAGCAGCAACCCGGAAGGCCCCAGUCGACACGCCGAAGGCGGAAAGGAGAAGAAGGAAGUUAAAGAAAGGUUCGCCUUCAAGACGAAAUCCGAGGUUGAGAUACUAGAUGACGGAUUCAAGUGGAGGAAGUACGGGAAGAAGAUGGUGAAGAACAGUCCGAAUCCGAGGAACUACUAUCGGUGUUCGGUGGAAGGCUGUCCUGUGAAGAAGAGAGUCGAACGGGACAGAGACGACCCAAGGUAUGUAAUAACAACAUACGAGGGCAUCCAUAAUCACCAAGGGCCCUUCUAGUCGCACACAUUGCGGAGGCCGUGAUCGCAUUUGUUAAGUUUCGUUGAAGUAAUGUAGAAUCAAAGGGCUGGUUUCGGUAGGAGAGCUCAGUAGUCACAGAUAGCCUUGUACUGUAUGCAACUAUUGUUGUAGUAUAACCAAGAAUUCUUGCAGCAGCCAUUGUAGGGUACCUUUUCAAUAUCUAUAAAAUUAGCAGGUCGCAUCGA